AUGGUGAUGAAUCUGUAUGGACAGUCAGCCCCGAUCAUGGCAAAGCUAUUCGCGACUACACUCACGGUGAAGGCUCAAGAAUGGUUCACAAAUUUGCCCCGAGGGAGCAUUGAAUCUUAUGAUCAGCUGGUGCAGAAAUUCAAUUUUCACUUCGCUAGUAAGAAGAAACAGAAGAGAUCAGCAACUCACCUGUUCAAUAUUCGGCAAAGAGAAGAUGAGACCUUGAAGAACUUCAUGGGCAGGUUCAACAAUGAAACUUUAGAAGUGCAAGAACUGAGGAUCGAUAUGCUGGUAAGUAUCCUCAUUCAUGGGCUGCGAAAGGGUCCCUUCACGUCUGCUCUCGCACGCGACCCGCCCAAUGACGUCGAACAAUUGAUGGCGCUAGCACAGAAAUACAUCGAUGAAGAGGAGAUGAACGCGAUGAAGGACUCCGAGCGGAGAGAACGCGACCACGCACACAGACGACCUCAGGAGAACAGAGAAGGGAGUAUCAGCAAGCAGAAGCCGGAUAAACGAAAGGAGCCCAAGUAUAUCCCGAAGUACCACAACUACACUCCACUGGCCAUGUCGCGGGAAAAGACUCUAAUGAUGGUGGAAAACGCCGAUGUUUUGAAAUGGCCGAGACACACGAGGUACACCCUCUCUAAAAAAUUUUCUGACAAGUAUUGCAGGUUUCACCGCGAGAGGGGUCACAAUAUUGAGGAGUGUUUUCAAUUGAAAGAUGAGAUCGAGAGGCUAGUCAGGCAGGGAUAUUUCCGAGACCGCGUCCCCCCAAAUUGCAAAAUUAGUGGGGAAGGAAGGACAAGUAGGUCGAGGAGCCGAGAUCGAGAUCGGAACCCAGAUCCCUCGAAAACUGAUAGGGCCCCGAUCGGCGGGAGGGCCAAGUGCCGGAGACUCAUGUAG